CAUUCACUAGCCUGUUUUUGUGUUUAAAUUUUUUCAAAAAUUUAAACGUUUAAAUUUUCUGAUUGAAAUGAUUGUUUGUUUUUUAUUAUUACUUGAUAAAGUGUGCUUUUGACUAUUUCCUUCAAGCUCUUCUAAUUGCUUUAAAUUGGAAUUAUAAGAAAUGGAUCAGCUAAACUUGAACGCAGAUUUCUUAAAAUUCGACAAGGAGAAUAAUGGGGAUGUUAAGAGAGAAAUCGAUUUUUUGCAAUGUGGAAACUUUAACUCUGUUCAACCUAGUUCGUCGUAUUUAUCGAACAUAUUUUCGAACACAUUAGACGUUAAUGCCAAUUUAAAUAAUCGGAUGCCAUUGGAUUUGAGCAAUUUGAAAGAUCUAGACGGUUUAUGCAAACUAGAAAUUAUAAAAAAUGAAAUACCGUACCUUGUAAAGUACAAACUACAAGAUGGAAAACACGUAAAAAUCUGGCAAUGCAAAACUUGCUUUAAGGAAUUUGGCCAUCAAUAUACUUUAAUGCGUCACUUGCCUACGCACACUGACGAAAGAAAAUUUCAGUGCAACACCUGCGGAAAAGCUUUUCGACAAAUGUCGACACUUUCGCAACACAGAGCAAUUCACUCGCAUGAAAGGCCUUACGUUUGUGAAAUUUGCCAAAAAACAUUUAAUCGCGUCUCUACUUUAAUUUCUCACCGGAAAACUCACACCGGUAUUAAACCGCAUCAGUGUCACUUAUGUAACAAAGCUUUUCACCAAAAAGGAAACCUCCGUAAUCACAUUUUUACCCACACCAAUGAAAGGCCAUACAAGUGCGACGACUGUGGAAAAGGAUUUAACCAAAUGUCUAACUUGAUGUGUCAUAAAUUAAAAUCGCACCAACGCAUGGAUAAACCUAAACACUCGUGUCAAAUUUGUAGAAGAAGUUUUGCGAAACGUAUAGCUUUAAGAAAUCACGAACAAUAUGAACAUAGGGAAAGUAAUCAAGCCAUUGAUUCAUUUCUAACAGAUGACCAAAAAAUUAGCAACGCAAUAUUUGUGGAACCAAUCAAAACCAAAGCAAUGCAACUAGCGAUCGAGACAAACCAGAUACCCUUCGCUUUACUGAGGCCUUUAACAGGAAUUCCUGUUUUGGUCCGAGUUUUACCGGCUGGGAACGAUAAGCAAAUGCUAGUUCCAGCAAGUGCUGAAGAUUUGAAGAAACAUGGCCAGAUAUCAGUUACCCCAAAAACGACCACGCCUGGAACAACACUCGAAGAUGUGACCGAAGAUAAACAUAAUCUUGUUGGAAGUACCGUUCAAAUUAAAAUACCAGUUGUUGCUACAGUAAUUCAGCAAAGUGGUGAAGGUGGUCAUAUGUCCAUGUCGGUCGUAAGUCCUGGUCCUAAUAACGAAGCAGUCAAACAACCAAAUUGGCAGUCCUUGGGUUCCUAUAUUUUGACUGCGACUAAUGACGAACAAAGUGAUGGACAAAUGAUGGGCAUGCAAGAUUUAAAUUUUAGUACAGAUGAAAAAACUAACUUAACUGAUUAUGAUAUUGAAACUUCUGGAAUGAAACAUAAUGGUGAUGCGGUCCAUGCACCAGACGAUGUAUUCAUCAUCACAUAGAUGCAUGUAAUUUGUUUUUGUUUUUCAAGCUUAAUUAUUUCUAGGUGAUCAAACUUUCUAUGUAAAUAGCAUGUGUUUAAACUUGGUUUGCAUGAUUUUAAUGUUUUUAUUCGGACAAUAAAUUGAUAUGGCACAAGUGUUUCGUUAAGUAACUUACACGAUUUUAAUAUCUUAUAAAGCCGUAACUUUGACGUAAUCGACUUGUAAAGCUGUAUUAUCACCCUUCCAGGUCCCAAGCCACUCAGACCUUGCGUUAAAGAAGAAUUUCACUUCUUUGGGAUCUUUAUUAACCCAUGGUUUUUUGUGGUUCCCCGACUGGACACUGUCGGGGAAGUCAUUAUUUCCACCAACGCCAACUCCCAAAACUAUUUGGACCUAAUGAAGGGAUAUUAUUGUAUUACCAUAAUUAAUUAUUAUUGCCAUCAAUUACCAAAUCAUCGUCUGAAAAGUUAAAUUGGCUGAGGGCUUCCUUGUCUAUUUCACCAUACUGAGUACCAUCGAGUAGUAACGACAAUUUGUCUGAAAGACUCAAUAAACCUAUUUUACUUUAAAUCAAAAUUGGGUUUUUACCUUUGGUCCAAAUGACCGUAUAGACAUGCAUUUCCCUCGAAAACGGAGUGUUGCUGCGUUUAGUUUUUAAAAACUGGCUUCUUCCAGGCUCCUCUGGAUCAAUUACCAGUCCACCAAAAAGUAAGUUACCACCAAGAUCUUGCUUAUU